UCUUAUACUUGUUCCAUGUACUGGAGAUUGAGAGGUUCAUUCAGUUCUUGCUUGAGUCUGAGAUUGUCAACAAUGAGCAAGAAUUGAAAGGAGGAGAAUUUGUGGGCAUUUGGAGAGCUUCUGAUUAUAAUGGAUAGACAACAGCAGCAACAACAUGGAUUGCCUGUAGUGAACCACUUGUUGCAGCACACACUAAGGAGCAUCUGCACGGAAUCUCAGUGGGUCUAUGCUGUUUUGUGGAGGAUUCUUCCCAGGAACUACCCUCCACCCAAGUGGGACAAUGAGUCUGGAUUCUUGGAUAGGUCAAAAGGCAACAAGAGAAAUUGGAUUUUGACUUGGGAGGAUGGAUUUUGCGAUUUUGCUGCUUGUGUCAAGAGUUUCAAGCAGUCUUCUUCAGGAGACAGUGAAGCUGCCUCGGCCGAGCCACUGCAGCCCGAGCUCUUCUUCAAAAUGUCUCACGAAGUUUACAGCUACGGAGAAGGGUUGAUGGGCAAAGUUGCCUCAGACAGCAGCCACAAGUGGAUUUUUAGAGACCCGGCCGACCAAGAUUCAAGCUUGGUGUCGCCAUGGCAUGGAUCGCUAGACCCACAUCCAAGAACAUGGGAAGCUCAAUUCAAAGCUGGAAUUCAGACCAUAGCCAUUGUUGCAGUCCAAGAAGGCCUCUUGCAGCUUGGAUCGUUAGACAAGGUUCUCGAAGAUCUCAACUUGGUCAUCCUCCUCCAGCGGAAAUUCACUUACCUCCAAACCAUUCCAGGAGUUUUCGCUCCUCAUCCAAACACGCUAAAUCACUCGAUCCGUCCAAGAGUCCCGCUCCAAUCCAGCGCCCUGAGAUCAAGCAGCAGCAGCUAUGGCGUCCUGGACGACUCCUUCAUCGGCCUCACCGAGCAGCAGCGAUUCAAUCUCAUGAGCCUCGGGGCUCGAACACCACCAGGAUCUUACAACAUUCAAGACCACCGAUCGCUCGCGAUGGAUCCAAACAACACCACUCUCAAGCAACAGCAACAGCAAGAUCACACCACGAUCGUUCCAUCGGUGGGUCUCAAACGAACGAGCUCCUCCUGCUCGGACACCAACGAAGAUCAAGCCGCCAUGAUCGCCGGUAGCAGCAGCAGCAGCGGCCGCAAGAUACCAGAGCGACCACCGCUCUCCAAAUCGCUCAACACUGGCCACUCUUCCCCGGGAGUCGUCCCACACUUACACCCAUCCAUGUCCAGCCUCCACGCUCUCCUCUCCAAGCUCCCCUCUGUCUCGGAUAACGCUCUAGUGCCGCCACCACAGCUGUCGCGAAGCUUGAGCGCCCCAGCUCCAUAUCAAAUCCACUCGGACGAUCUUCCAAAGGGCUACAACGUUCCCUCCUCCACGACCAUCUCGAGCACCAAGAACACGAUGCCAGAUGCUACUACCAAAGGAGGAGGCAGCCCAUUAAGCGUGGCAAAGGACAGGCUCAGCGUCUACCUGGAAGCCUUCGAGAAUGUCCCAGAUUUUGGGAUCCAGUGUGACAUGGAUCCAUACCACUCCUUCUUAAGCGAGAUUAUUAACUGAAGAUCAAAUCAGAUUAAACCAAUAUCUAACGGCUGGGAUCUCCAUGCGACUUGCUAAGCGCUGGUCUGUAUCCAACGGCUGGGACGCACCAUGUAAAUUUAGGGGGUAUAUUCUUAGCGUA